AUGCUCACGUUAUUGGGGAACAAUCGAUUUGCAUUUGCCAUUGAUCCAAAGUCAAAAGCGGUUUGGUCCGGUGGAGCCGGGCAAGACUCUUUAUCCGGAGGCCAUCCCUACGAGUACUUGGAUCCUGUUUCCACGCGUCCGACGCCAUCGGACUAUGGAUGGCCUGUUUGCGAAGAAAAUCAUGUCGCCUAUACUCAAGAAGCAAACUGUAGCACAAUCAUCAUACCCAAACUAGUAUUUCCCGCAUAUUCGACAAUCAUAGGCGCCACAUUUUAUCCUUUAAAGCUAAACGGUUUACCCUAUGCAUUUCCAGCCAAAUGGCGUGGUAGUCUCUUUGUUAGUAUGCGGGGAUCGUGGCAUGUAAAUUCGAGUGGUGUUCCCUGGGAUGCACCACACGUUGCUUUUGUUCCAUUUGGUCUCAAAACGAGAAUGCCGAUAAAAUCAGUUAACUGGGGUGAUCCCUACUCACAAUGGAUCGAGUUUUUCACAGGAUUUCAAGAUGCAAAAGGAAAUCGUAUCGGUAGGUGUACCGGUGUCGCUGUGGGACCAAAAGGAAGUUUGUUUGUGGCCGACGAUACAACUGGAAAUAUAUACAGAAUCCGUCCAACAACAGCAAACUGUUAA